AUGGCAGCAGCGGUUUAUCUUCGAUCGACGUCGGCCGAUGGGACAACAACCGUCACCCUUGUCUGUUCAAAGACCAAGGUCGCACCUCUCAAGCGACUCACAAUACCGAAACUUGAGUUGUCGGCAGCCCUUCUACUAGCAAAAUUGAUGUCAAGCGUCCAGAGAGCGCUGGAAUUGUCGGAGGGAACCCUCCGAGCGGGCCGCCGACUCAAGCAUUCACUCCUGCAGCCCGAAGCAAAACACCCCCCGAUCUUACCACGAACGUUGCGACUAACAGCGUUGGUCAUUUCUGACGCUCAUUCCCGGACCCUUCACGGUGGCACGCAAUCCACCUUGAGCUAUCUUCGACAGUCGUACUGGAUUUUGGGCGGCCGAGCUCCGGUUCGCGCCCACAUUCUUCAAUGCAUCACCUGUCUCUUCACAAUAAAGACUUGGCGCAGACGAGCAGCGAAAACCUACAAGGGCUACCUCGCCGUCUUCGUUUGCUUCGGAACUUCUGCAGUCCACUUCGAACUCGUCACCGACUACACUUCAGAAGCCUUCAUUGCCGCGUAUCGGCGGUUUUCAGGACGGCGAGGCAUCUGCCACACAUUGUACAGCGACUGUGGUACUAAAUUCAUCAGAGCUGACGCGGAACUUCGAGCUCUCUUCAGGGCUGGUUCAGCAGAAAUGAACUCUACAAUCACUUCUCUGACCAACCUUGGAACAACGUGGUCCUUCAAUCCUCCGGCCGCACCUCACAUGGGUGGAAAGUGGGAGGCCGCGGUAUAA